AUGCCCGGCCGUCGACACUACUCAUGGCCGUUCAGUGGCUCUUCGUCGAGCGCAAAAGCCGAAGAAUUGCGAUACAAUCCGAGAAAAGUUGACUCGCUGCUGUCUACGUCCAGAAUAAAGGGGGGGUCUACCAGCCUUUUUGCACCAUUUGACCAAACGUUCGGUCCCUCCCUAUCAUUGUACAGCUCCUCAGACGAAGAAGAAAUGAUGUCUUCUGCAGGGAUACUGGACAUCAAAAGCGAGAAACACCAGUUGCGCCGGCAACGUCGAGAAAGACGAGCAGAACACAAGCGGCGAAGACGUGAGCGACGCCAAUCCCAUAAAUCAGUUGGUAAUAGCAAUGGCAUGGAAACGAAUAAUAAUGAUGAUGGUGCAGAGGAAAUAAUCAUUUCAUCAAUCACACAAGCGAGCGAAGCUCCAGUUGCGAUUAUGCGCCGUCUCGUGUGGCCGCAUUUGGAGAGAGUGAGGCAAUUCUUCAUCCCACUCCAAACUAUCCGGUACCUGACCGGGUCAUGGACUUUGCACUCAAAAUAUGGCCGUCCCACAGAGAAGAAGAAUCGCGAGAUCAAGACGAGGUAUGUCGCCAAGUUGACUAGCCCAAGCGCGCCAUCUUUGUCGGGCGCAAGAAGAUCCUCGGCAGAUGAAACUGUGUUGUCACUUUCAAUACCUGAUAAGAAUGAAUGGAUGCUGCAUCCGGGAAGACGGCAUCGAAGAUGUCACUCUGAACAACCACGGGCGUGGAGGGAGCCUAAUCCGGGGCUGUGGACAUUGGCGGAGGAAUGA